AUGACACAUCAUUAUCGUAUUAACGGAUCGAUGAUCCAACAGUUCAGUGGCAAACCAGUUAGUAUUAUUGGUACAGUUAGCAAGGUCCAUCCAUCAGGCAAUGUACUCGAUUUGGAAACAAGCGAUCAACAGCAUAUUGUUGUACGUUCAUCGGAUCAUAUUGUUGAUGUUAGUCCAGGUAACAUUAUUGAAGUACUUGGAGAAGUGGACAACCGCAAUCAGAUCGCGUGUGAUACUAUUGUAACAUUUGAAUCUGAACAAACGGCUAAUUUCGAUAUGGAUAUGUACAAUCAAGCUGUUAUGCUUUUCCAACAUUAUCCUCAAGACUACCUUGUUAAUCUUUAA